UGGUUAAUACGCGGGUAACAUUUGUUGAUGUUAGAUAAGCACAGAGGCAGCCAGGAGCAGAAAAUAGCAAAAGCGGAAAAGCGGAAGUGGUGUAUUUGAUGGGCAGGUCUUUUUACAUCAUGCACCACGUGACCACAGUGAAAGGAAAAUUUAAAAUUUGCGGGCAACAAGCAGCGGCUUCGGUUAGGUCCAGAAUGUAAACGGAUUAUACAAACACAUGGCGUCGUAUCACCAGAUUCAGCAUCAUUUGAGGGCUCCCUUUGAAUCUCCUGCAAAGGUCUUUGCUAAACUCAAGUCCAAAGUACAGAGAGUAGCCGUGGACGACUUUUCUGAAGAUGAAUGCCAACCUGCAGAGUUUAAAAGACCACUGUACUACACGCCAAAGAGAAGGACUGAGAGCCACGGCACGGACAAGCCUGGAGAUUUCAGCCAGAGCCUAUUGGGAAAUGGUGAGGUAACUGCGGUGACUCUUUCACCCAUAUCAAGUCCUCAAAAAAAUGACCAAUAUGUAACCGAUUGUGAUCGGAUGCAUUGUACGAACACGAAACUGAAUAUUUUUAACCCCGCGUGCACGCCAAGACGAAGAGCCCUUAUGGAGUCUACCGCUGUUUGCAGCACAACAGCUCCACAAACUCACAUGGAUGACUUUGACACAAGAGCAUCAGAUCGCUUUGUUCUCUGUGAACCUGGAGAUUUGGAGAACGCUGCCCCCCCUCGCUUCAUCACCCCCAAUUCUGUGUUUUCCCCGAUGAGAAAGAGGCUGAGGAAAAGAAAAUCGCACAAUGAACUUUGGAAUAAGCCCAACAGCAUGAUGUCAGAUACGGACUAUGUUUGUUAUCCGGAAAAAGAAAGGAAAAUCAACCCAGCGUUCAGAGAGGUUGCGCAUAUCACAAAUACAAGGAACGUGGAGCAGUUUUCGAAGGUAGCACCUAGUCACAAAGGAUGCACUGUUGACACACUUCCUCAUAAUCUAAUGAGUCCUGCCAAGAUGUUCAUUUACCUGAAAGAACGGGAGAACCAAAGGGACCAGUGUGAUGUUCCACAAGUCACAUCUUGCUCCGGGCCAGAGGUUGACCAGGAUAUUCAAAAUGAGAUGACAGUGGGACCAGAAUCUACAGCAUCUAGCAUCAGCAGACAGCAAAGUCCUAACUCUGGAUCCUCUGAUGCGGAUUUCCCUCGUGGCCCAGUGUCUGAUGUGCCUGUCCUGCUUGAAGAUCCACUUAUGCUAAACUCCCCACGAUUUUCCAUCCCCAAAACACAAGAAACUGUGUACAGGCGAGCCAAAUGGUCUUCCUGCACCACCUUUCCUAGUGAGAAUGUAAUUCACCUAAGAAAGUGGUUCAUUCGGGGAAGUCAUAAAGGUCUUUUUCUAGAUGGCAUUCACAGGGAAAAUAACAUCCCAUGGAACAGUAAUAUAAUUUUAGACAGAGUGUCUAACUCUGUUCUGAAGACGAUCUCCGGUAGGGUCUAUAUUUUAGUUGGCAAGAUGGAUUUGACUGCCCCUACACAAUUUCCAAAAUGGUUUUUGAAAUGUUUUGUCAAUGGCUUCCCCUCAAACUGGAAGGAGCUUCAUAAAAAAUAUUUGUCAGAAUCUAAGGGAAACAUGAAAAAAAGGUCUGAGGCAAAAAAUUAUAGUAAAAGCCAAAAAUCAAAGACUUCCAUGAACCAGUCUCUGAAGCAGCAGCAGCAGACAUCUCCACCCUGUCCUUCAUCCGCUGCAUCCAGCACCAAAAUGUCCCGCAGCGGCCGUGUCAUCAAGCCCCCCCUCGAAUACUGGAUGGGAGGACGAGUUAUUCUGGAUGCAGACAUGAAUGUCACUAUUCAUGACAGCUACCGAACAGUCAUUCAACCUGAGAUCAUCACCUCUAUCUCUACCAAGUCAUUUAUCUCUACAAAGCCUGAUACCUCAAGAGCCUGGGAGAAGGUUCCUAUGAAAAAUAUGCAUGAGAAGCAUGAAUCCAGUCCCGAACAGCAACUCCAGAGAAAGGUCAAGGCCCAACAGCGGAAACCUCGUCAACACAAUGUCACUGUCCUCAAGAAGACUCCAAGCCCUGUAAACACCAAUACGAACCAUCGAGUCACCAGAUCCAGCAAGAGCAGCUCACCUACGGAGAAGACCAGUGAGAACCCAGAAUCACAAGGAUCUAAAAACACAAACAAAUUGGCCACGAUAGCAAAGGGUGCUAAAGUUGGACAACGCUCUGCUUCUAGUCGACGUACACCCCCAAAUGAUACCAGCACAACAUCACAACCACUCACUAAUAAAGACAGUGUUUGUAAAAAGACAAAGGACAAAAGCACAGACAAGAGCUGGGCGAAUCUCCACUGCAAGCCCGCUCGCUCCAGCCGUUCCUCCAACUCUUCACAGGAAAGAGAGUCACGCACACAUAAGUCGCAAACAAAACCAGUGAAAGACGUGAAGACUCAGAGAAAACGGAGAACCAAAACACCUUCACAAAAAAAUGCAGAAGUCAGCGCACCAGUAGUUACACAAAAAACUGCACAGCCCAACAGGACGGGCAAAAGAAAGGCACGUAUCAAAGCAGUUACAGAACAGGAUGAAAACAAGUGGACCGAGGAGGAACUGAGGAAGCUGCAUGAAGCAGUGUCUUGUCACCCAAAGCACAUCACUGGUUACUGGACAAAGGUGGCAAUGAUGGUUGGAACACGUUCUGCAGAGGAAUGCCAAAAACAGCACACAUUCUCAAGAGCUGCCAAGACGCCUUCUAAAUAUGAGCGGAAAACAAAGAAAGGACCAUUAAAGGAGAAAGCUAACCCAGUGAUCUCUGCUCGUGUGGGAACAUUAAUGAGGAAACAACAGGUACGCGACUACCUGGAGGCCAUGCCCAAGGAAGACAUGGAUGAUAUUUUUAGCACUGCGUACAUGCAGAAUAAACGAUUUGAGGUGCCAUCUAUGUGUACAAGUGAUCAUGACUUCUCUUUGUCGGACCAAGAGCCCGUGACCCCCAAGCCCACAAUGCUCUCUGAAGCCAAGACCCCCCAGUGCUUACACAUCACCCCUAGCAUGAUGGGUUCCAGUAGCAGGAACUAUGAUGACAAGUAUGUCUUCAAGCUUCAGAAGAGGAUGAAAAAUCAUCAUCAGUUUAAUGUAGAAAAACAUGCUAAAAAGGUUAAAGGAAACUUUACUCCUAUUGCGUCUGUGAAAAAACCUAUGAGAAGAUGUGGCAACACUGAAAAUGACACCUUUGUGGUAUGGGAAAUGUUUCCAGACAAAGAAGAAACUCAGGUUGAUAGUGAUGAAGAGGAAGAUUUUUACUUCACAGAAUCCGAUUAAAACCAUGUAGAUGGUACAGUGUUUAUGACCAGGUUAAAGCAUAUUCAUGUGGGUUACUGCUAACAAGACUGUAGAAACAUUGUGAAUAAUUAAAGUUAAAAUGUAUCUAUAUCAAAAUGGCAAUUUUAAAUGUCUAAAUUUCAUUUUAAUGAAUAAACUCUUUAAGGAAA